GUGAAGCUUCGCUUCACAAUGUCCACCAUUGUCCUCCAGUAAACACUGUCCUCGCUCACUUAUUCAUUUCACACCUUAAACCCUAUUACUCUUUCUCCUCUUCCAUCAACGUCUUCAACCAUGUCUUCUAUGCUGCAACCUCAGAUCAUACUCUUGAAAGAAGGCACAGACACAUCGCAAGGGAAGCCGCAACUCGUAAGCAACAUCAACGCUUGCACCGCCGUUGCCGAUGUCGUCCGGACCACCCUAGGUCCUCGUGGUAUGGACAAACUCAUCCACGACGAUAAGGGAUCAGUCACCAUCUCGAACGACGGCGCUACUAUCAUGAAGCUUCUGGAUAUUGUUCAUCCCGCUGCUAAAAUCUUAGUUGACAUUGCUAAGUCUCAGGACUCUGAGGUUGGCGAUGGAACCACCACUGUGGUAUUGCUUGCAGCUGAAUUUUUAAGAGAGGCAAAGCCUUUUAUUGAAGAUGGUGUUCACUCUCAAAAUUUAAUACGAAGCUACAGGACUGCCUGUUCCUUGGCGAUUGAGAAGAUUAAAGAGCUAGCUGUUAGUAUUGAGGGAAAAAGUCUGGAAGAGAAGAAAAACUUGCUAGGAAAGUGUGCUGCUACAACACUUUCUUCAAAGCUUAUAGGAGGGGAGAAGGAGUUCUUUGCAUCCAUGGUUGUCGAUGCCGUAGUUGCGAUUGGGACUGAUGAUAGGUUAAACAUGAUUGGAAUAAAGAAGGUUCCUGGAGGUAACAUGCGUGACUCAUUUCUUGUCAAUGGCGUUGCCUUCAAAAAGACAUUUUCAUAUGCUGGGUUUGAGCAGCAGCCCAAGAAGUUUCAUGAUCCAAAAAUACUAUUGCUUAAUGUUGAGUUAGAGCUGAAGUCUGAGAAAGAAAAUGCUGAAAUAAGAUUAUCAGAUCCAUCCCAAUAUCAAUCAAUUGUUGAUGCUGAAUGGAAUAUUAUUUAUGACAAACUGGAUCGAUGUGUCCAAAGUGGUGCCAAAGUUGUUCUCUCACGCCUUGCUAUUGGUGAUUUGGCUACACAGUAUUUUGCAGAUAGAGACAUUUUUUGUGCUGGUCGUGUAGCUGAAGAAGAUCUAAAAAGAGUUGCUGCCGCAACUGGGGGAACUGUACAAACAUCUGUUAAUAACAUUAUUGAUGAGGUUCUUGGAACUUGUGAGACUUUUGAGGAAAAGCAAGUAGGAAAUGAAAGGUUCAACAUUUUCAAUGGAUGUCCAUCUGGCCAAACAGCCACCAUUGUUCUUCGUGGUGGAGCCGAUCAGUUCAUAGAGGAAGCAGAGCGAAGUUUGCAUGAUGCAAUCAUGAUUGUUAGAAGGGCUAUGAAGAAUUCAACUGUAGUUUCCGGUGGAGGUGCUAUAGAUAUGGAAAUAAGCCGGUACCUAAGGCAGCAUGCACGCACAAUAGCUGGAAAGUCUCAGCUUUUCAUCAACUCCUAUGCCAAAGCUCUUGAGGUUAUUCCUCGGCAAUUAUGUGACAAUGCUGGAUUUGAUGCAACUGAUGUGCUGAACAAACUAAGACAGAAACACGCACUUGCUUCUGGUGAGGGGGCACCGUUCGGGGUUGACAUAGCCACUGGUGGAAUUGCUGAUUCAUUUGCCAACUUUGUCUGGGAGCCUGCAGUUGUGAAGAUCAAUGCUAUAAAUGCCGCCACGGAGGCAGCCUGCCUUGUAUUAAGUGUGGACGAAACAGUUAAAAAUCCCAAGUCUGAGAGUGCACAAGGGGAGGCUGCUGCAAGUGCCAUGGGAGGUAGAGGCCGUGGAGGAGGUUUCCGUGGUCGUGGACGAGGAAUGCGUAGAUGAUGAGAAGUGUGUUCUAAUGGGUUAGCAUUUGUCUCGUGUGUUGAAUGUCUGUCUAUUACGCGCAAGGCCACUGCAUGUAUGUUUCCGCCAUUUGUGUUGCUAGAAGCAUACCAUAUUUAUCUGAUGAUGUGAAAUGCUAACAUGGGGGAUUCCUGGACCAUCAUCAUCUGAUCUAACUAGGACUUGAUGGUAGCAAUUUUCAGGCAGGCAUUGUCUUUUUGUAUCUGUUCAAUUUAUAUGUUGGAGAGGCUGAAUUAGAUGGCUGUUGUUGGGGACUUAUAUUUUGUGUGAAAUUUUGCUUAACCUUCAACACCAAGUAUUUAUAAAUUAAGUGCAUGUGAUUUUAUCUAUAA